AACGUGCAAUGGUCGCUGGCAAUCCAGGGUUACUCUGCUGUUGAACUGUACCUCAUUGCCAGGAAGCUGGCGCCGGAAGUUUCAAAGAUCCCGCUUCCUAAGGGUGGUAACGGCGUGCUGGGGUUGGGAAGGGGAGGUGGGCGGAGCGGCUCCGCUCUGAACCAUGCUACUGAAUUGCGGGUCCGUGUGUAAAGAGGCCCAGCUUUGGGGAAGCGCUGGUCAAGCAGGAGCUGGGACGUGUUUAUGACAGAUCAAAAACUACAUUUCCCAGCAUCCUCCCGGCGACAGAACUACCUUGCCCGAAAGCCUGAGCGUGAUUCAUUCAGCUUUUGGCUUCCUCCCUCCAACCCGGAAACUGAGGAUAUGUGGAGUCGCAGUGUCUGGCGGCUCCUGCUAUCUGAAAGCAGCGGGGGGCGUCAGGUUUCAACCCCCCGCGAGCGUUUCUCGCGGGCACUGCGGAGAGACUUCUUCACCACCACAACCAAGGAAGAAUAUGAUACAAGGCGAGUGGACAUAACUCCUUCAGAACAAAGAAAAUUAACUUUUGAUACCCAUGCAUUGGUUCAGGACUUGGAAACUCAUGGAUUUGACAAAGCACAGGCAGAAACGAUUGUAUCAGCAUUAACCACUUUAUCAAAUGUCAGCUUGGAUACUAUCUAUAAGGAAAUGGUCACUCAAGCUCAACAGGAAAUAACAGUACAACAGCUAAUGGCUCAUUUGGACUCCAUCAAGAAAGAUAUGGUCAUCCUAGAGAAAAGUGAAUUUGCAAAUCUGAGAGCAGAGAAUGAGAAAAUGAAAAUUGAAUUAGAACAAGUUAAGCAACAAUUGAUAAAUGAAACCAGUCAAAUCAGAGCAGAUAAUAAACUGGAUAUCAACCUAGAAAGGAGCAGAGUAACAGAUAUGUUUACAGAUCAAGAAAAGAAACUUAUGGAAGCAACCACAGAAUUUACCAAAAAGGAUACCAAAACCAGAAGUAUUAUCUCAGAGACCAGUAAUAAAAUUGACACUGAAAUUGCUUCUUUAAAAACACUAAUGGAAUCCAACAAGCUUGAGACAAUUCGUUAUCUUGCAGCCUCUGUGUUUACUUGCCUGGCAAUAGCCUUGGGAUUUUAUAGAAUCUGGAAAUAACAGUGAAAUGACUAUAUUAUGCUUCCACUGCUGCUGCUAUUGACUUCUUAAAACACUGUACCAGGAUCGAUUUACUCUGAACAUUGAAAGUUGCAGCAAGACUCUACAACAAGAUUGUUCAAAGUACAUAGGGACUAAAAAGAAAUGUUUUAGAAAAAGAUGUAUUUUGUCUUUGUUUUUAUGUCUUUAUUUUAUUAUGUUGAAAAGCUGCCAUUCAGAACAUGAUUAAUUUGAGAUAGAAGGGUCUUUUGUCUUUAUUCUUUGAUAGUUCAUAGAAACUGAACCAGAGUUUUCUUGUGUUUGCUUGAACAAUUGUGUAAAUCAUAUAGGAUUUCUUUGGUUAUCUUCUUCCUAUAUAUUUUGUCAUUCAACUUUGCUGAUAACUAUUAUACUAUUGCCUUUUCAUAUAAAAUAAAAUGUUGUAAGACAGUUGUUUGGAUUUUAAAAGUGACUUACCAUACAGCGGCAAAUGGUUUGGAGGGGUUUUUUUUUUGGUAAUGAACAAUUAUAAACAGUAAAUUUAAAAUCUUAAAAUGUGUGCUCUAGUGCCAGUGUAUGACACUUAAUAUGAAAGCUGUAGAGUUGCUAAAUCUUGAGCCCUGAUUAUUACUAAAAUAUACUAUUUUAAUUU